UGUACGUGAAAUGAUCACCUGUUGCCGGGGCGGUUUUUAAAAACAGAAAAAACGCUCAUAUUUCAGGCAGUUUGCAACGCCACAAAAGCUCCAGGCCAGGCCUGCUUUCAGUUCGCCACACAGUGACCUUUCUGCAGGUCCACACGGAGCCAACUGAGGCACAAGUUUUCCCGGAAAGGAACAUGCGAAGGAUGUGUUUUUAAAAGGAAAUCUCACAGCGGCCUCCGCCAUUAACCGAGCUACAGAUUGAACAUGCUGCAGGUUGUAUGAGUGACAGAUAUGGGGCCAGCGGGAUCAUAUUUGCAGACUUUCACUGUGGUGGCACUUUUUUGCCUAUUUUUGACUAUUGAAGGUGCAAGGCCAGAGGUGCUUGGAAAGGUCGGAGGCUUGGUGGAGUUGGAGUGUAGUUUUCCUCCAUCGGAGCCAGCUGCCGUGUCUUCAGCCUCCCUGCAUGUGGUGGAAUGGGUUCGACAGGGUCUCGACAUCCCCGUCCUGAUCAAAUUUGGAUCAUACGCGCCUCGCCUCCAUCCACAAUAUGAGGGGCGGGUGUCUCUGGUACGAAUCACUGACCUGAAGCUGGGCGACCUGCAGCUGGAUGACCAGGGCUUGUACGAGUGUCGAGUCCUCUUACUGGAUGAACCCACGGAUGAGCUGCAAAAUGGCACCUGGACUCAGCUUUCUGUAACCGCUCCACCCACCUUCACACAAGCCCCGCCUGCUUUAAUGGAGGCUCUGGUUGGAAGUCCGCUCUCUCUUGCCUGUGUUGCUAAUGGCAACCCUACUCCAACCAUCACCUGGCUAAAAGAUGGCAGUGUAAUUCAAAGAAUAAAUUAUCAGGAAGGAGCGUUAUCUCUGCGAGCAGUGAGCAUGCAGUCAGCAGGACAGUACACCUGCCACGCUUCCAAUUCUGAGGGAAACGUGACAUGCGUAACCAAAGUGAAGAUCAAAGGUCCGCCUGUUAUCGUCGUCCCUCCCAAAAGCAUGUCUCGCAACAAGUCCCAGAAUGCACUUCUCCAGUGCCAGGCGGUGGCCGACCCCCCCAACAUGACCUAUGUGUGGCAGAAAGGUGGAGAGAACGUCCAUCACAUAGAGUCUCUGAAGUCGCGAGUGAAGAUCAUGGUAGAUGGAACUCUACUCAUCUCCAGUCUCAUCCCUGAGGAUUCUGGGAACUACACCUGCAUGCCGAGCAAUGGCCUGCUGACCCCGCCCACCGCCUCUGCCAACCUCACAGUGAUGCACCCAGCCCAGGCACUUCCAAUGCCCCAGCAAACGUACCUUCCCACAGGUAUGGAGGGCGUGGUGGCCUGCCCAGCCGCAGCUCAGCCUCCACUGCUCCGUGUGGAUUGGACAAAAGAUGGAGAACCACUUGACCUGUCCUUGUAUCCAGGAUGGAUGUUGACACCAGAGGGCUCUUUGUUGAUGACCACAGUCAAUGACGACUCGGCAGGAAUUUAUACGUGUACGCCAUACAACCGCUACGGCAGCAUGGGUUCAUCUGAGCCAACGGCCGUAAUUCAACAGGACCCCCCAUCACUCAGCGUCACUCCGGAGAAGCAGUACAGACAGGAAGCUGGGAGAACCUUGCUCAUCCCCUGUCAAGGAAAAGAGGACCCCACAAUUAAAGUGACCUGGAGCAAGGUUGACUUCGCUCGUCGCACGUCUUACUCCAUAGAAGCCAACGGUUCUCUGCUCCUACAGCCUCUCACUAAGGACCACCAGGGGGCGUGGGAGUGCAGCGCUGCUAACCGCGUGGCCUCGGUGACAGCCAGCACACAAGUCUUUGUCCUGGGAACCAGUCCCCAUGCGGCUACCUCUCUGUCCGUCUCUCCCGGGGUGAAGCAGGCCAACAUUUCCUGGGAGCCAGGCUUUGAUGGAGGAUCAGCACAGACAUUUUCAGUUUGGGUGAAGAAGACUUCAGCGAGUGAUAAUGAUGGGAAGCAGGACUGGUUCUCUGUGCCCGUGCCCCCGUCGUCGGGCAGCGGGCUGCAGGUGACAGGCCUGUCUCCUGCCACCGACUACCAGUUCAGCAUCCUCUCUCAAAAUAAAAUGGGCACAGGACCCUUCAGUGAGAUUGCCACCUCGAGGACCUUGGAUCCUCCGCCGAGGAGAAGUAAGCUGAAGCCCCCUGCGUCGCUGUCGGCUAAUCAGAGCUCAGCAGGUGUCAUUCUGCAAUGGUCCCUUCCUGAUGCUCAGCACCCUGCCAUCACAGGCUUUGUUCUCCAAUCCCGCACCGAGCAAGGGGAAUGGUUUCAUCUGGACGAGGAUAUCAGUGCCAACAGUAGCCAGAUAGUUGUUCCCGGCCUGCACAAGGACUGUGUGUACGAGCUGCGGCUGCUAUCUCGUCGCGGGGAGUUGCUGAGCGAGCCCAGUCCAUCAGUCAAUGUCUCCACCAUGGGGAUGGAGAUCUACCCCGCCACAUCCCGACUGCUGGAGCUGGUCCCGGAGCCGUUACUGGCCGGCGUGCUGGGCGGGGUCGGCUUCAUGUGCUUGGCACUGGUCUUGCUGCUGGGGUCCGCCUGUGUCAUCAGCCACAAGAGGGACCAGCGUCGCAGAAAGAAGAAGGAUGAGCCCCCCUCUGCCAUCUAUAAAUGCUCCCCAUCAAUGAAGACUUCCGGCAGUGGCAGUCCAGACAGUGUGUUGAAGAGAAGCCUCCUUCCAGCCAGCCUCCUCUAUCCCACCUCUUCCUCCUUCACCACCACCACCGCCUCCUCCUCCUCGCAGACAGACUGCUCCUCCUUUAACGCUGACAGUCCCCAUCGGCGGAAGCAACUCCAGUCCAACUACAGCAGAGGCCGCCUUACUAGGACAACUUCUUCUCCCAUUUCUCCUCCAAUCGAGUUGAUCUCUAGAGGCCCGGACGGGCGCUUCGCGCUCCUGCCGUACAACGACGACGCGCUGAGUGUUCACAGCAAGAGAAGCGGAAGGUAUAACCAAGCUAGGGUCCGAAGGUCUGUGUCGCUGCACUCAGAGAGGGAAGACAGGCAGCAGCCGGCGUUUGUGCUUUCUGUCGAUCUCCCACCUUGCAAGCCGGCACACGGAAAUCCCACAAACCAAAUUUGUGGCGUGGCCCAGGGCCUGCCCCAUCCCCGCCCUUAUAUCUUGGAUCAGAAGGCAAGCUACGAGGGCUCUCCUGACGUCAGCAGCCUGCACUCAAACAGUAGUUUGGCCACCAUUCCUCAACAAGACAGAGAAAUACCUCCCGAGUUUCCAGUGCUCCCGCAUAUCCGAUCCGGCCUAGGCCAGCCAUCUGUGACCGCCAGCGCUCUGGUUCUCCAAAUGGAGCACGAGCGUGAGUGGGGAAACCUGAGCCGCUGUCUGAAGCUGGCUCAGGAGAGGGAGGAGCUGGAGAUGGAGCUCUUGAGGUACACGCUGGAAAGAGGCUCGGCGAGAGAAACGGAGACGGAGCGUUACGACUUUGAGAGGAGAGAGGCCGGCGCUGCUGAGCUUGGGCGGGAAUAUAAGAGCAGCACCUUGCCCCACAGAUACCCCGAGGACAGGAAAGACUGCUUUGGUCUGUCCCAGAGCCCUUUCUCUUCAUCUGAUGUGCAUAGGGAUUCCCGUUCUCUUGUCUCUCCUCUCACGCUAACCCCGGCCCGCGCCUGUUUCAGAGCGUCUUCACCUGCGAGUCCCUCUUGUUUUAAGCCUGGUAACCAUUACGCUGCUCCGUCCUUCACCAAACACACCCCCGUCCUAUCUGAGGAGGCAGGCAGAUUAACUCUCCCACGUCUCUCCUCAAAGCACCAGAGGCAUGAAAGGGUAGAGGCAGCGCCAGAGGGCUAUGAUAAUUCACCACAAUCCACAGUCUUAGAAAUGCAAACGAAUGAUUCAUGCUCUGAGGCAUGGAGACGGAACAAUCACAGUUGUAGCAGCCUUUCAACGUUGUCUUUCCAUAGCAGUAAAUAUACUGAAAGAUCUAAUCUGCGCCUGGAUGCCGCGCCAGCCUCUUUAGAAGCAGAGGUAACGUUCCCCGAGCCCGCUGAUGAAGUUGUGUGUGUUGAGAUGAGUGUGGACGAGCCAGAGUUGGAGGUGUGUGUGACGCAGCCUGCGAAGCCCAUGCUGCACCACAGAAUCGCCUCCCACGUUCAACACGGGCACUCGCUGAGUCGCAGAGGCCGGCACGAAGACGCGACUUGGAGCACAAGCUUUAACCGCCGCAGUCCAGCUUAUCCACAAACUCCCGGACCGGAACUCUGGAGAGCUGCGACCCACGGCUCUAAACUCUGGGACUCUAAGCAGCGAAGCCAGAGCCUUGACUCCCGGAGACGGAAAGAGAGGGGUUUCCUGGCUCCUGAUGCGUGGAUAGACUCUCUCAGCCAAGAGAACUGCUCUGUUGCGUCUUCCGGUCGCCCACACACUCUUUUCUGGGAACCCCAGAACUCUCCGGCCAGGAAUAUCUCCAAAUCUCCUGCAAAUUCACCUUCUGCUUCCCAAGCUGCCUCCCGGUCACCUCCUGCUGUGGACGCUUUAUCUCUAAGAAGCAGCCCAGACAGGCCCAUUCCAAAAGCUGACGUGCCUCGCCACUACGAGCCAAAAAGAGAGGCGUCCAUCUUUCCCAGAGCUGCCCAACGGCCGAUCGACUACCGGGAGGCCGUGAAAGAGGCAGAGGUUUAUCUGGAGGCCAUGAAGGAAGCUUCCAUAUGCUUACCGCAUGGCGAAGACAAUUACCAUGAGGCACUAGAAUUAGAGGCGGGGGACUCUGAGGGAGUGCCAGAGUCCGGGAGCAGCUACAGCAGUUAUGCAAGCAGCGGCCGAGGCAGCAUGGAGCCCGCUAACAGACGCCUGUCCCUGUGUCACCUCUCCCCAACCCUCCCCAGCUCACCCGGGACUGCAGGGGAGAGCCAGGCGAGCACAGGGCACAAGCACACUCACCAAAUGGAACAAAGCCAAAGGAGAAAGGUCUCAGUUGAUGAGAAUUACGAGUGGGAUGCUGCUGAUUUCUGCUCACAGCCGGGAGACCAUGACGGCCUGCUUCCCUCGUUGAAUCUACUGAAGCCUGCUCCGUGCCGUAGCUUUCCCAGAAUGCAGCGCUCCACCAAGGCACAGACACGUUGUGCUCAGCCCUCCUUGCUCCUGAGCCAUCAAAGCAGCUGCUCUGCUGAGCCAGAAGCAGACACCGUGCUGUUCUGACAGCGCCAGCCUUCGGCUCAUCUCGCCUGCUGCGUCCUUUCACUUAUUGACUUGCAUCAUGAGGUGACAAAAAAAUAGGCAUUUUGCAGAAAGUGAGCUUUUCUCUGAUCAAUCCAAUUCCAGUUUUCAAAGCACAAAAAAGGACAACGUGUAUGUUGUCCUUUUUUGUGCUCUUGGUCUUUUUGUCAAACUUCACUUGGACAAACAGUACAGGGGGCAGUUAAAGCAGUGGUUCCCAAACUUUUUCACGUCAAGAACCCCUAAACUGACACAAAAAAGAACACAGAACACAGGUCUUUCCAUUUAUUUUGAAUGGGGGUAGUGCGUUAUGGCUGCGGCGGGGGUUGCCGCAGGUGGGACAUGCAAAAAACGUUUUGAGAAACGCAACCCCACGUCACGCUGCGGUGGCCAAUCAUGUAACCGGGGAUCAGACUUGUCGGUAUGUUUUGAGCUAUGGUUUGAGGCGCUGUGCAAAUCCCAUACAGGAAACGGGGAGCAUCACUGCCUCUAUCGCUGCCACAAGAAAGUUUUAAAACACUAUGAGGGGUAAAAAAACGUAAAAAGUCUAAUUGUGCUUUGUGAGCUCCAUGACGCAGCUAGCCCCCACCCACCCCAGCCGGGCGGCCAGUGAAAUAUUGGAAUAUAUUGGAAUUAUAGUGAAAAUAAAUGCAAUCCCCUCGAGGACCCCACUUUGGAAAUGGGAACCACUGAGUUAAAGUAAUGGAGACACAAAAAUGACCUUUACCCUUGUGCAGAGCUUUUAAAAGGUUGUUUAGCUUUUUGCUCUCGGCACUUUCCUUUGACACAGUCUGCCAAUAUCAAAGCUUCCCACUGCGCUGAUGGAGUCACCACGUUCUCCGUGUGUGGUUUUUAAUAUGCAUUCAUCAUCCAGGGAUGACUUAGUAGCCACGCAAGGGACAAAAACGAUCUCAGUCAUCAUCAAGUGACUGGUUUAGGCCGGGGAUGAUUAAGUUUUUAAGAUCUCAUCAAUCACCUUUGAGUUUAGUAAGAGCUGUUUAUGAAAUGCCAAUACAUAAAUAAGGAAGAUAGAUAGAAUGUGAAAUUAUUAUUCUUCUAUUCUAUUACUGUUCUGCUUUAGUCCAACACUGUCUCGAAAAGUAAGUCUUUCACCAACAGAGAUAAUUAUCUGCCUUUUUUUUCCCUUAAUAAUGCUGUGAAUUUCUGUAAUCUCCAGGCCGUCUCCUUGUUUAGCCGAGCAAGACCCCUAAUUAUGUUUGGUAAUUGAAGAGGGUCAAGUCAGUAUGUUGAGUUUGUCCUUGUUUAUUUUGUAUGGACAUAAAGGGAAAUUAGCUUUUAUUUUUACUUUGACUUUGAUUUACCAAGGGUCAAUUCACUGAAAGAGCACUGCUUUUCCCUCCCAGCAACACCUGCUUUGUACUCACACAGUUGCUAACAUUGACACUUGGGAGCCAACAGUGUUGCUGAUUUAGUGGCACCAGUUAAGUGGUUUAAUGCCUCGUUUGAGGGCACGUCAACAGCAGCGACGGAGCACAUCCCCGUAGGGCUGGGCGACAAUUACUACUUACCAUGGACUUGCAUAGUAAUGCUGUCAUCAGGGCUGCCCCCUCUGUUCAUCAAAUAAUCAGUCCUUUGGUCUUGGUUGACUUAA